UCCAGUUGAGGUAGCUGAGUUCACAGUGAAAAUACACAUAAAGGAAUUAUUCAUUGAUUCAAUAUUACAAACACUAUUCUCAAAUGUAGGCUCAUAUUUGUUUAAAGAUAAAUGUAAAACAAGUACGCUGUGAUGAACUAUUCAAAAGUAAACUAUAUACUUUUAUAGAAAAGCUGGAGAUGAAAAUUAGAGAUGGGUUAAUCAGUAAAAUGCAGCGUUGAUGGUAGUUUGGAGUCCAGAGAUGGUAACAGCUGGGGCAUGAGGAGAAAUGAGGCCAGUUGGAAACGCAACACACUAGCUCGCCCAGAUUUGGCCCGAUAAUAGAAACACGGCUAUUGUCUCCUGUUGUAUGGAUGUGGAUGCCAGGUAGUUCUGUCAGCUCAUGUCAGGGAAUGUUGACUCCUGCUGGUGUAGCUACUAACUGCACCUCAUACUUGUGGAUUGUUUUCAGAUCAGCUGCGGUACGAAUUGGACAAGAAUCUGUUUGGACUUUUUUGUUGGAAUAGCGAGCUUACCUUUGGGUGACCGUAGCCAGCCAACAAUGAAAAGAUUGCAAACAAAUACAUUAGCUGAUAAACUUACAGUGUAGGACUUUUGCCAUUGUCAAAGUUUAAUGUUGCACUCGUUCAUGUACGUUCAGUGUCCUCAACCUGGCAACCUGCAGUACCCAUUUUAAAUGCUUGCGGUCAGUGUUACAUAUUGGUUCUCUAAGAUUCACAGUGCUUCAUGUCCCAAACCUGCACGGUCUCAUGGGUCCUCUGGAUAAUCAGGAAGCAACUGAUCAGUGAUGACAGCAUACCUACCGCAUACUCUCAAGGCUCAUAUAAAAGUGCCCAAAUUGUGAAGUUAAGCUUAUCUAUUUAGCAGAUGCUUUUAUCCAAAAUAACGUCCACAAAGUGAAAAACGUGAUUCUGGGCUUGUAUUUACCCAGCAUAGACUAAUGUCUGCACUUCUCAAUUUCAUACUUACCUGUUAAUCUACAUUCUACAAGUUUACUUUCUGUUAAAAGGGAGUUUUUUAUGUAACAAAGCAAGUCAUACUGGUUGCACUUCUACAACUUUGUUUAACCGCCCACCUCUGUCACCUGCUCAAAGGCGUAAUCCCCACUGCACUAUAAAAGAAGUGGUGAGUGCAAGCACCAGAGUGAUAACCCCGGGACAGCUGCACGUAACCAAAGACACCAGAGCUGGGCACCAUGAUGGUUUACUGGUCCCUUGCUCUACUUCUUCCCCUGCUGGUGCAGUCUCUCCCCAUCACUGAGGAGGACCUGCCUAUUGACUGUGAGGAUGUCUUCAGAAACGGAUCGAUUCACAAUGGCGUUUACACCAUCUACCCUGUAGGACAGGAAGUGCCUAUGGAGGUGUACUGUGACAUGGGCUGCACUGAUAAUGAAAACCAUCAAAGCCAUUGGACAGUGAUCAUGAGGAGAAUGGAUGGCACUGUGAAUUUUGACAGGCCAUACAGUCAUUACGAGGAGGGAUUUGGAAAUAAGAAUGGAGAGUACUGGCUGGGUCUCCAGAACAUGCAUCUGCUCACAUAUAGGACAAAGUAUAUGUUGAGAGUGGACAUGGAGGACUUUGAGGGGGGGAAGGUCUAUGCUCUGUACGGAACCUUCUUUCUAGAAUCAGAGUCGGAUGGGUACAGACUUCGAGUAAUUGACUUCAGCAAUGGCGGUGCAGGUGAUUCUCUGGCCAAUCACAACGGACAACGGUUCUCUACCUUUGAUAGGGACCAGGAUGCCUGGUAUUGGGGUCAAUGCAAUCAAGAUCAUAAAUGGGGAGGAUUUUGGUUUCACCAUUGCACGAAUGCCAACACAAAUGGUCGAUACCAAUGGAAAAACUACCGUGUCAAUGAUGGGUCUGGUUUGAAUUGGUCUGGAUGGACUGUGUCCUCACUGAAGGCCAUUUCUAUGAAGGUUAGGAGGUUAUCUUUGGAUGAUUAAGUAACUAGUUGAAGACGUCUCUGGUUUAUUGGUCAUACACCAAUUAAACUUGAACUGGUCAUCCUGUUUAAGAAUGGACCAAGACCAUUUUUUCUGAUAUAAGAUGUAUUAAGAACAGACUAAGAUUGAUUGUUUUUAUAUAUAUGAAGUGAAAAAGUCAUGAUCUCAUUUUUUCAGUAAUUAACUGCUUUUGAUCUGUCCUUGCAAACACGCUGCAUGUUGAUUAAUCAUUGAGUGUUUUUUGGCUGUUCCAUUCCUUAAUUUGCCUUCUGUCUUUUAAAUGAAGCCCCAAAUAAAUAUUUCAACCUUGCCAUCUGGAAAUGAUUUUUUCCCUCAAUUCUAAUGUGUGUUCUGAUGAAGUGAGGUGUUGAAGCACAGCUUUAUGUGUUGAUGCUGGGGUGAAGUGAACUAAUUUGAAUUUGCUUUGUCAAGAUUAAUCAAAUGAGAAAAUCUCCAGCAUGUCUAAAUGGUUGGGUCAUUAACAUCAGCAUGGUAACAAACUUUAACCCAUUUGCGUGCGUCUCCCUUAAGACCCAGAUGCUAUGUGAGAGCAUCUGGCAUUUCGAACAUAGCCAAUAUGAUCGUUUUCAGGUUCCGUGACCCAGUAGCGGCUGGUGGCUUGGCUCACUGAGACUACUUAACAUACGCGCGCGCACAUAGUCUAGUAGUUCUUGUAAAUGCAUCCCACAACGGGAUCAAAAUGAGUGAAGGCUCAAUCAGCUGACCUAAGGAAAACGGCCUGCUUUUUCAAAGCAACACUUGCACACGUCUCACCCAUAGACUCAACU